AUGCCGUCAAUAGAAGCCAGCCUCAAGGCUGCAAAUGCCGAAUCCGAUGCAUCGCCCAACAGAACAGAUCGCAAAUCUGCAGACGCCGUCUUUCUUUCCACCGGCAACCUCUCCUCGGAACUCAGUCGCGUCAACUCCACGCCGCUCUCCUCCGAAGCUAUCGUCGCUCUCGGUCUGCCAUCCUCCGCCUCCUCUUCAGGCUCACAAGACCCGCUCAGUGAGCCUUCGCCCAUAACCAUGGCUCCACCGAAACCUGGCCCAGCAGAUACGCUGUAUCCCAGCCCAUCUGGGGGCUUUGUGCCUUCACCGGAGGAAGGUCAGGACUGGAGACUCAAACCUCCGCCGACUGGACGCAAAACCAAGGCCCCAGCAUCCUCGUCCACUACUCCGCUAUCAACACUUGCGCUCCCGUCAAAAGCAGAAGCCAGCGCCAAGCCCUCAACUUCCGGGCUCAGUCCAACAACACCUGCCUCGAACGCGUCCACACCAACACGUCCGCCAUCGCUACCGUCGUGUCCAGAGACAGCAUCCAAGAUCGCCAAUGCCUCGUCCAGCUCGGUAUCAAGGCGAAGCUCGCAAGCCUCAACUUCAGUCGCAUCGCCUCAAAUGCGUCCCAGCUCGAGCUCGUCCAGCUCGCGUCACCGCCUCAGCACAGCCAUUUCUCCACUCGAACCUGUAUCCACAGCCGCAGAUGCGUUACAAGCCUCUUCUUCUCGGGGCUCUAUCGCGUCGCAAUCUGGCCAAGAAGCCAAUACGCUUCGCAGUGCAAAGUCAUCACGGCCCGGUUCCACCGCCAGCUACCAGACCGCCCGCAACGACAGUGCCAAAGACGAUGAUGGCUUCUCGAUAAAAGUACGAGACUUUGCUUUUUCGAGUGACGAUCCUCGCCAUCAUGGUCAUCCGCUUGCGGAACCUCAAUCAUUUGGAGAUGACGGCGAGUACACCGGCGAGCACGGUCAAGACGCCGACGCCGACGAACACGAAUUCCAUAUCGAAGGCGCAGACGACGAAGACGAGUUUGACGGCGACGAAGGCGACAAUUCCAGCGUGCCCGAGGGUGUGUACAAUGUGCUCUACCAGUUCGACCCUGUGUCAGAGCAUGAGCUAGCCGUUGCGCCUGGCGAUGUCGUCCACGUCGUUGGUUCGCUCGAAGGUGGCUGGGCUAUCGCGGUCAAGGACGGCGACGAGAGCGUCAAGGGUCUUGUUCCUGCUACUUAUAUCGAAUGGUCUGCACCGCUGCCUGAAUGA